UUUAUAACGGGAAGUAUUAUUCUCCACCAUUUCCUACUGAGAUCAAGUGGAAGCUCAUUGUGUAAAGUCAAAGCAUGACAUAUGGCCAUCCUGGAAGCUCCAAGGCUUUCAUGCUCGCUUCAGCGGGAUCCACGACAGAUAGCUUUCAUAAUGAAGCAAUCGGAAGGAAGCACUAAGCAGUGAAAGAAGGCUGCUGCAUGCAGGCUGUCAUUCAAAUGCGGAGGUCACUCGGUGCACAAUGAUGAGCUGCAAUUAUGGUUUCAGGGUUGAAACUCAUUUAACCCAGCCGACUUUAAUAUUCUUUAUCAGGAUCUUUUUUAAUGUUAGAACUUCGAUCAAUACAUGCCUGUCUCUCCAGUAUAAUCUGGACCAAACAUCAGGGAGUUUGCAGGGAUUGGAGAUCUGCACUUUGUCCCGGGCCUGAAGUGGCUUGUGGUGGCUGAUUAUGGAGAUAAGGAUCUAGAUUGGGGUUUGAUUAUUCUUAUUAGCUACACAGGGCAGGCUUCUGUUCAUUACCUGAUUUUCUCCACCAUUAAACUUUUCACUGGAUGGAGCUUGACCAGGCUGGGUCAAUCACAUUGAUCAGUUUCUGUGUCAGUCAGGCCCCAUGUAAGGAAACUAUUGCAGUUUGGUUUUGAUUUUAGAUUUACCCAGAUGAGGAGCUAACGACGGAAGUGAUGAACAGCCUGGUCAGAUGUCGGAACGUCAAAGAUGGCUGCCGCUGGGUGGGCAAGCUCCAGAUUCUACAGGUACACCUAGAUGAGUGUCCGUUUGAUGCCCUACCUUGCCCCCUAAGAUGUGGUGCAGUGCUGCCCCGCCUAGACUUGGAGGACCACCUGGAAUUUACCUGUUGCAGGCGACAGGUGGUGUGUGAAUUUUGUUCCAAAAAAUUCCCAGGAGAUGUCUAUGAAAAGCAACACUCUGGUCAGUGCAUAUCGGAGGUCAUGUGGUGUGAGAAUAAAUGUGGUGCCCGGCUCGAGCGCCGCUUCCUGGCCAACCACAUGAGGAACGAGUGCCACAAACGGACGGUGCUCUGCCAGUUCUGUAGCAGGGAGUUUGUCCAGGAGACUCUACAGACCCACCAGUACCAGUGCCCUAGGUACCCUGUGGUGUGCCCCAACAGAUGUGACCCCACAAAGAUUCCCCGAGAGGACCUUGACCUCCAUGUGACAGAACUUUGUCCUUCAGCAACCAUUUCCUGUUCCUUCAGAGAUGCAGGAUGUAAACAUAAGUGUCCUAGAUUCAGCAUGGAAAAGCAUACAGCAGAGAAUGUACAGCAUCAUCUUAAACUCAUGUGUGACCUCUCAAAAACUCAACAAACUCAAAUCACUCAGCUGUGUAAUGCCUUAUACUCACUCACCCAUAUCACUGACGGUGAAUUCAUCUGGAAAAUCUCAAACUACAAGCAAAAGUUUUUGGAGUCUGCUUACAAGAGUGUUGAACUUGUCAGUGAGCCAUUCUACACAGCCAGAUAUGGAUACAAAAUGGCUGCCUCUGUGUUCCUGAAUGGAAAUGGUGCAGGGGAGGGAAAAUACUUGUCCGUGUACAUCAAGAUUCUCCCCGGGGAGUACGACAACAUUCUGGAGUGGCCGUUCAUUUUGCCAAUUUCGUUUUCGAUUUAUGACCAGAAUAUUGACUAUGAUCUGAGAGCUAACAUUACCGAGAGCUUUGUUCCAGAUCCGACCUGGAAACAUUUUCAGAAACCGGUCAAGGACACAGGUGCACUGGGAUUCGGGUACCCCAAGUUUGUGUCCCACGAAAUCCUGAAGACAAGAGACUACAUCAAAGACGACAGCAUCAUCAUCAAAGUGAAAGUAGACAGUUACAGAAACUGCACGUCUCCAUGACUACCUCAUUAACAAUCAAACAAACCAGUCAUGAUAUUUAUUUGUUGUUGUUAUGAUAUACAUCAAUUACUAUUUUGUGAUUGUAAAAUGUGCUAUUUUUAUCUCAGUCUUCUCUUACUAGUUCUUUCUUUCCAUCUUCCCCUUUAUUUAUAAUUGUGAAACUGUAUGCGUGUGUGUAUAAAUAUUACUUUAGCAGGAAUGGGUAUAUCAACUUUUUAUUUUAGAGCAAUGAUGAAGAUAGUUGGUGCAUUCGAUGAAAUUGAAUGCAUUUAACUUCUGCAUUUAUCAUAUUUUCAUCAUGAUUGAGCAAGAAUGUCUGUAUAAUAUAUUUGUAUGAAUUAGGGCAUCUGUACUUUAUAUGUGUAUGAAUGGGGAUAUCUGUACAAUAUAAUAUAGUGAAUGAAUGACGUUAUUUGUAUGUAAAUGAAGAUAUAAUUAUGAAAGCUGUGUGUGAUUGAAUCUACCAGGCAUGUCUUGCCAUCCCAUCAACAUGACUGUGUGUAGAUGAGUAGCGUUAUGUGUGAUAGGAACCGUUAUGACACUGUGUGACUGAAUGUGAGUGAUGGAUGAUUGGCCACAAACUUGAUAAUCCAAAAUAAAUAAUUAAAAAACUUA